AUGGCCGUCCAAUCAAGAUCCAACAAACAGUCCUCAGCCUUGAGUGCUGCAGCAGAUGAUAACCGCUUGCUAGUUUUCAGCUCUCUGGCCUUGUCAUAUGGGCUGGACGACUUUGCGCGUGUGCGCAAGACUGUUCUCGAUACCGAUGAAAUCAGCUGGCUGCAAGAAGAAGUCGUGGAGCGUCUUGCGGCUGACUGCAGUAAGGCCCGGUCCGGACUUGCCGACGUCUUAGAUGCAGCUACUUGUGAAGUUGCUAGGCGUGACUUCUCUGAGCUAGCUGAGGCUUUUCGCACUCCUGCUCGGCCACUCGGCGUCCCAUUACCUCUCAACAACUCCCUGCUGAUUCCACUCGUAAUCAUCGACCAGCUUACGCAAUAUGCUUCCUUUGUUCGAUUUUCACAUAAACAGAAGGAAGACAAAACGCAAAGCCAACAAGGACAAGAAUCCCAAUCACCUGGAUGGCUGAAUAGUGGUGUAGAGACUAUCGGUCUGUGUACCGGGCUCUUGAGUGCCUUUGCGGCCGCGGCUGCGCACAACCAUGAUGAGUUCCGGCAAUAUGGUGCCGCUGCCGUUCGGAUCGGCAUGCUUGUCGGCCUUGUCAUCGACAGCCAGGUCAGCACAUUGGGGUUGGCGAAACGGCCACGCUCGCUUAGUGUCUCCUGGGCAGGUAGCACCUCACGAGAUACACUGACGAGAAUUCUAAACGACUACCCCGAGAACGAAACCUACAUAUCCGUCUUCUACGACACUCACCGCGCAACAAUCACAACUACGCAAGACACAAUAGACUCUUUGACCCAGCGCCUGAAUGCUACCGGGCUCAAAGUCAAUGAGAUUGGGCUCUGUGGCCGCUACCACUCUGCGGCGAACCAUGUUGGCGCGCUGGAGCGACUGCUCAACUUUUGCAAUACCCACGACACCUUCCGACUCCCAGAUGCUUCAUCUUUAGCGCUGCCAACGCAUGUGAACGAUGCCGCCGGGAGUUUCCCCGUGGAAGGCUCGCUGCAUGCCCACGUGCUGAGAUCCAUCCUUGUCGAACCCCCUCACUGGGCAGAAGCAUUGGGCUCAGCUAUCAACGAUAGGAGGACCCAAAGCAAGGAGGCACGCAUCUUCUCAUUCGGCCCUGAACGCAAUGUUCCUCCUUCAGUGAUGAGUCAUUCUGGGGGCAUGGGCCUGGUGCACUUCUCCAGUGCCGAUGCUGCUGGAGCUACGGUUCCAGCAUCAACAUCUGCUAGCGACACCAGAGGCAAGGCUAAAGACGCCGCCGAGAAAGACUUCCGGGAGGAUGAUGGUCUCGACCGCCCAUGGAUGGACAGUGACAUCGCUGUGGUAGGCAUGGCGUGCAAGGUCCCGGGUGCUGAGAAUGUGGACGAAUUCUGGGACCUGCUGGCGGCUGGACAGUCGCAGCACCGCGAGAUCGACAUGGCCGGCGCAGUGGGCAAAUCAGCUUCGAGUAAUGAUCGAACAUUCCUUGAGGGACCUUUCCGCACCACGGAGCACCCGACCCGCCGGUGGUUCGCUAACUUGUUUGAGAAGCCGGGUCACUUUGACCACCGCUUCUUCCGCAAGACGGCGCGCGAGGCAGAGAGCAUGGACCCGCAGCAGCGGCUGCUGUUGCAUGUCGCCUACCAGGCAGUUGCCAUGAGUGGACAGUUGCGGAGGCAUCACCGCGAUGAUGACGCCGACAAGAGCGCCAAGAAUAUUGGCUGUUUUGUUGGUGUUCAUCUAAACGAGUACGAUGACAACGUUGCCAGCCAUUCGGCCAAUGUCUUUUCCGCGACGGGCAACCUGCAGAGCUUCAUCGCGGGUAGGGUGUCACACCACUUCGGAUGGCAAGGUCCGUCAUUGACGGUCGACACGGCUUGCAGUUCGUCCAUGGUGGCCGUACACCAGGCGUGCCGGGCCAUCGCAUCGGGCGAGUGCGCCGGGGCACUGGCUGCUGGCGUCAACGUGCUCGCCGGCUCUGGCCUCUGGUUUCAGAACUUGGGCGCGGCCGGAUUUCUUAGUCCCACGGGUCAGUGCCGGCCAUUCGACGCCAAAGCUGACGGAUACUGCCGCGGCGAGGGAAUCGGCGCCGUGUUUCUGAAGCCCCUGAGCCGGGCGGUGGCUGAUGGCGACGCCGUGCUUGGCGUGAUCACCGCGACAGCCGUCCAGCAGAACCACAACUGCACACCAAUCUUCGUACCUAAUGCGCCUUCCCUUGCAGACUUGUUUGCCGGCGUCGUAGCCAAGGCACACGUACGGCCGGCGGAUAUCACUGUGUGCGAGGCGCACGGCACAGGCACGGCUGUAGGUGAUCCCGCCGAGUUCGGUGCGGUCCGACAGGUCCUCGGCGGUGCUAAGAAUCGCGAUAAGGCGGACAAGCCCCUGGCUGUCAGCUCGGUCAAGGGUCUGCUCGGCCACACCGAAUCCUCUUCGGGUAUCCUUAGCUUGAUCAAGGUGCUUCUGAUGCUGAACAAGGGGCUCAUCCCGCCGCAGGCAAGUUUCGACACCGCCAAUCCUGCUCUAAACCUGGAUGUGGCACGGGAUCAUAUGUUCAUCCCUACCCGCGUGCAGUCAUGGGAUGCCGAUGUCCGGGUUGCUCUUAUCAACAACUAUGGUGCGUCAGGAUCCAAUGCGGCAGCCGUUGUCAUGCAAGCCCCACGUGGUCUCAGCGAUGCCAGCCUGCCUGCCACUGGUGUCAAGCAACCAUUCAUACUCUGUGGUCUGGACGACAAAGGCAUCCGCCGCAAUGCCAACUCUCUGAGCCAGUAUCUCCUUCGGUCAUCAAAGCAGGAUUCCACGAUAGCAGAUAUAUCGUACAGCCUUGCCCGCCAAGCCGAUGCGAGCUUGCCAAUGAAGGCGACGUUCUCUGCUCGCUCAGUCGAUGAACUGCAAAACGAGCUGUCCACUCUCGCAUCAGGCAACAAAAGCGACAGCAUAGUCCGCGUCACUAGUGAUGACAAACCAAAGGUCAUCCUCUGCUUCGGCGGGCAGAUCGCGUCAUGGGUUGGGCUCACGCGGCAGUUGUACGACACCGUGCCUACGCUACGCAAGCACCUGGACCGUGUCGACAGCGUGCUCGUGCAUAAGCUAGGCGCAAACAGCAUCUUCCCUGCAAUAUUUUCCCGCGAGCCAAUAGCCGACACCGUCGUGUUGCAGACCGCGCUCUUCGCGGCGCAGUACGCGUGCGCAUGCAGCUGGAUGGACGCCGGCGUCCGCCCAACCGCCCUCGUUGGCCACAGCUUCGGCGAGCUGACCGCACUCAGUGUCGCUGGAGCCUUGUCACUGGGUGAUGCAGUAAAGCUGGUCGUCCGACGCGCGACAUUGGUGAGAGAUGCGUGGGGCGAGGACAAGGGGGCCAUGAUGGCCGUCGAGUACGACGAGAUCGACAGCGCCGAGGCGGAAGUGGAAACUCUGGUGGCCAGAGCAAACCGUCUCAAGAAGGCCAGUGAUCCGCCCGUCAGCAUUGCGUGCUACAACGGGCCGCGAAGCUUUACCCUCGCAGGGCCGGCGGAGGCCAUGACAGCGUUGGACAACCUACUUGGUGCCGCAGAAACGGAUAGAGACGAUACUACUAUCAAGCCGCGUAGGCGCCUGCUCAAGGUCACCAAUGCCUUCCACUCAGCGCUCGUCGACCCGCUCAUCUUUCAGCUGGAGCAGAGCGCACAAGGGCUUGAAUUCCACGCUCCCUCCAUACCGCUAGAGCAUGCCACGCGGGAGGACACGACCAGUCUACCUCUGACUACACGGUUUGUUGCCGACCACAUGCGCCGGCCGGUGCACUUUUCUGCAGCGGUGCAGCGAAUCGUGCGUAAGCAUGCCGGUGACUCGUGUGUUUUUCUCGAGGCGGGAAGCAACUCUACCGUCACAGCCAUGGCAGCCAAGGCUAUCGGCGAGGAGACGUCGCAUCAUUUCCACGGCGUCAACAUCACCAACUCCGAUAAUGCGUGGGACAGGUUGACCGACACAACUCUCGCCCUCUGGAAGGCUGGUCUCGAUGUACAGCACUGGGCACACGUACAUCACAGCGGGGCACAGUCUCUCCUUCUCCUUCCACCGUACCAAUUCGACCCCGACGCGCAACACUGGCUUGACCUGAAAAGCGUGCCAGUAUCAGCUACACCCGGGCAGCACCAACUGCAAGCAGCGAGUACCGAGGACAUUCUUACAUCGUUUGGUGUUAAGAAAAAUAACGGGAGGAGCACUGCACUGUUCCGCAUCAACACUUCCAAUGCCAAGUAUCGGCAGCUACUCGCCAGACAUGUGAUUGCCCAUACUGCACCCCUCUGCCCAGGCACGUCACAGCUAGGAUUUGUCAUUGAUGCCCUCCAUAGCUUGCAUCCACAGCUACACGGAAGCGAACACGAGCCGCAGAUCCAAGAAGUGCAAUACCAUUCACCACUGUGUGCCAAUGACACAGGGAAGCAAACAUCCUGGAUCGAAGUCGCCGAAGAGGAUGUCAGUAACCAAGCAUAUCACUUCUCAGUAUUCAGCACAGAGAUCGACACAGUGACGGUCAACGAUCGAGCACGUGUAGCCCACACAACCGGGCGCAUAUCCUUCAGCUCCAAAGAUGACGAUGCUCUACAGCGCGAAAUCACGAGGUUCCAGCGGCUCUUGAGCGCCUAUGACCUCCGCGCCCUGAGCCUGCUGCGCGGCAAGCGGGCUAGCUCAGACGACGGCGACGGCGAGGUCCUGAGCCACCGCAGUAUCUACCGUCUCUUCGGGGACAUCGCCCAGUACGGCAACAGCUUCCGGCGCCUACAGAAGCUAGCCGUUCGUAAUACCACAUCGGCCGGGCAUAUCGUUGCCGAAGGCAAUACAUCGUCAGCUCCAGAAAUUGGUUUCGAUGCCCACCUCGCCGAUGCAUUCUGUCAGAUUGGCGGUAUCUGGACCAAUUGCCUGAUGGCGGACUACGAGCACAAUGAUGACACGAUCUACAUUGCCAGCGGCUUUGACCAGUGGAUUCGGGCGCCGGGCAUCCCUCGACCAAACGAGUUCCAUGUCUUUGCUACGCACUCACCAGCUCAGACUCCGGAUGACGGCCGUCAGCAAUGGGUGACUGACGUGUUUGUCCUGGACGCGGCGUCCGGGGCUCUACUGGAUGUGAUCUUGGGACUCGCAUAUGUCCGAACGUCGAAGGAGUCCGUCAAGAAGAUGCUUACACGUUUGACGGGUCCAGCAUCUGUGAUGGCGCCGAAGAAAAUGCAGCCCCCAAUCGCGCGGAUCCAAACUACCCAACCCCUGGUAACGGAAAUGGCAACGAAAAAGACUCGGCCCGAGAAGCCUAAGCCGAGGAGGGUGAUCAAUGGCGACAACAGCAAGGCGUUGCUCUCCUUGCGCAUCAAGGCCGUUAUCGCCAAUAUGUCAGGCCUGGAGCCUUCCGAGAUCAAAGAUGACAGCAAGCUUGCGGACCUCGGCAUUGACUCGCUCACCAGUAUGGAACUGGCUAACGAGCUUGAGAAGGCGUUCCCCAAUGCUGGCCUACCCGAGCGCGAUAUCGCCUCCAUCAGCGAUCUGCCGGGCCUGGUGCAGUGCAUACUGGCGGCGACAGUUUCGGAGAUGGCGGAAGAUGAUGAUGAGGACCUGCCUAGCGCAGAGAGCCUCUCUCCUUCAUCAUCGCUGUCGGGUGCUGCAACAGACAGCAGCACCCUGACGACACCAGCCACUGGCUCCGACUCGGGGAAACUAGACAAAGAUGCUGAUAGAUUCGUGUCGUUUGAGAACUCACCUUCAACGCAGCUACGCAUGAGGGACGUGAUCAACGCCUUCCACGAGACCAAAGCCCAGACCGACACGCGUAUCGUAGAAUGGAAUCAAGCGAACUACGCCUCAACCGUGCUGCCACUGCAGACCGAGCUGGCUGUAGCUCUGACGCUUGAGGCCUUUGAGGAGCUCGGUUGUCACAUACGUGGAGCCACAGCGGGCCAGACUCUCACGAGAGUCUCUCACGGCGCCGAACACGGCCGCCUCGUGGAUCGUCUAUACCGAAUGCUGCGAGAUGAGUGUGGCGGGCUUGUCACGGUGGACGGGCAAACUGUCAAGCGAACUGCCGUCGCCGCUCCGACCCGAUCAAGCAACGAAGUCCUGGAAGAGCUGCGCGUCCGCUUCCCCGACCAUCAGAUCAUCGACCGCUUAACUCACCACGCCGGCAGCAACCUGGCGAGAGUCCUCCGAGGCGAGACGGACGGCGUGCGCGUCGUCUUCGGCGACCCCGUAGGGCGGGAGCUCGUGAGCCGCUUCUACGCGGAGUGGCCGCUCUUCCAGGCCCUACACGCGCAGCUCGAGGCCUUCCUAGCCGGUCUGGGCAGCCACCUCAACGGCCGAGGACAAGAGCCGCUGCGCGUGCUCGAGAUGGGCGCCGGUACCGGGGGCACCACGCGGCGCAUCCUGCCGCUGCUGGCGCGCCUGGGCGUCCCCGUCGUGUACACCUUUACCGACCUGGCCUCGUCGUUCGUGGCGGCCGCGCGCCGCAGCGACUGGGCCAAGGAGUACCGGAGCCACCCGAGCCUCAAGCUGGAGUUCCGCGUGCACGACAUCGAGGGCGCGGGCGAGUCCGAGGAGGAGGAGCUGUUCGGCACGCAGCACAUCGUGCUGGCGACCAACGCCGUGCAUGCGACGCGCUCGCUCGCGCGCAGUCUGGCGCACAUACGGCGCGUGCUGCGGCCGGCGGAUGGCAUGCUACUGCUACUCGAGCUGAUGCGGGGCCUGUGUUUUCUGGACAUGACCUUUGGGCUAUUUGAGGGGUGGUGGCUGUUUGAUGAUGGGCGCACGCACGCACUGGCAACGGAGACGAGGUGGAGAGAUGAGCUGCAUGGGGCUGGGUUCGGGCUUGUUGACUGGACGGAUGGGCAGAGGCCUGAGACGCAUAUGGAGAGGCUGAUCUUUGCUGCGGCGGAUCCGCAGACCCGGUUGAUGUAG